AGCUUUCAAAAAUCAAAAUUCAAAUGCUCGCCGUCCUUAUCUUCCUCCUUGCUCAACUUUACCCUAUCCUUGCCACCCCAAAUAAACACCCAGCCCAUCGGCGUCCAGCCCAACGCCCUGUAAACCCCAUCGCACCCAAUCGUCUUCCCAAUCAUUCACCUGUCAACCCCAGCAACCUGCCAGCCCCUCGUCACCACCGUCAAACACCUAUCAAACCCACCAGCAACAGAAAUAGAGCAGGUCAUCGCCCGCGUGCGAAAAGGUCACGUGGAAAUCGACUGGGAGGUCGUCGUCGCCGCCGCCACUGGCGUAGAAAUCGUAAUCACUCUCCCGUAAAUCGCACCUACUUGGAAGCCUAUCGACGUCGACACCAUUCAAAGCCCGGUCGUCCCUUACCCAUAAAUCGUGGCAACAACCACCCAAAAGUGGAAAAAAUUCACUCACCCAACAAAAAUAUUAAUCCCCGGAGAGGACGAAGACGAUGGCCGGUGAACCGUCCGGCACCUACAAAGCCCGUCCAUAUGCCAAAUAAACCCAUAAAUCCACCAAAAAAACAAUUGCCUGUAAAACCUAUAAAUCCACCACCAAAAAGACAAAUGCCUGUAAAACCCAUAAACCCCCCUACCAGAAAUGUACCAGUACCUGUUAAGAAAUCGCCUGUAAAUCCUCCCACCACCAAAACUCCGACACCCAAAAGCCCCAUCAAGAACAUUCCAGUAGGAAAUAAGCAAUCACCUAUAAAUCCUCCUGCCACCGAUAAUCGAUCACCCAUAAAUAAUAAUCCUCCUCCCACUGACAACAGCAUUGCACAAACCAGUAAUAAAUCACCUGCAAACGAAAAUCCACCCCCAUCACCACGAAAUAAUCAAUCGCCUUCAGAACCCAAUAAUAACGCCACACCAAAGAGUCCCGCGAAAGGGGAACAAGCCGCGGAUAUACUCGAAUUCCUGGUCGAGCACAACAAAGUCAGGAGCAGUGUAGGCCAACCCUUCUACUUGUGGGACAAAAAAUUAGAGGAUUUCGCACGUUCAUGGGCAAACGAGCGGAUCCAAGACUGCAAAAUGAUCCACUCCGACGGACCCUACGGAGAGAACCUCUUCUGGGGCGGCAGCAAUCGGUGGACAGCAGCAGAAGCGGUGAGAUUGUGGGCGGAUGAACGUCAAUUCUAUAAUGCCGAGAACAACACGUGUCAAGAAGGGAAAACGUGCGGGCACUAUACGCAGAUUGUUUGGAGAGACAGCUACAAGCUAGGGUGUGCUCGGGUUGAAUGCAGAAAAGGCGGCGUCUUCAUCGUUUGUGCGUACGAUCCAUGUGGAAAUUAUGAGGGCGAGAGUCCAUUUGACAUACACGAAACUCAGCAGAGCCCAAGUACUAGUACAGGGCAAAGAUGAUGGAGAAUUAUAUGUUUUGGCAUCCAUUGUUGAAGAAAUUCUUGAUAGU